AGUGAGCGAUCAGAUUCAGUGCGCCGCCGGCAGUCACAGGGGGAAGAUGUGCGCCGCUCCCCUCUCCUCCUCAUACUACCUCCACACCCGUAUACAUUUUGAUACAUAGCGGUGUUGUGUGUAUACCUGGAAGGGUCACAAGUAUACAUAAGGUGCGGAAGGAAGCCUACCUACCACAAUUCAACCGCAGAAUAUUGGUAGUGAUGUUGGUAGCCCUGACACCACCACCACCACCACCACCACCACCACCACCACCAUCGAGGCAAAACACACAAAUUUGGCGGGAAAAAGAGAAAACGUAGACUUACAAGAGAAAACAGGCUUUUUAAAUGGUAGACUUUUGCAUUCCCCUCCUUCACAUUUCUCUCAUUUUAAGCCUCUACAUAUCAUACAAGGGGUUGAAGAGGACACAGAAGCCUAUAGAAAUGAUAAAGAAGUCAGUUUUAGGCCUAUCGAACAGCCUAUAGAGCCUAAAACUCAUAAAACUAACAAAAAACUAGAAUUUUCGAAGCAUGCAGUGUCACCAGAACAAAUUGAGACAUAUGAAGAUGGUACGGCUCAAGAUUCCAGUGUUUAUAAGCCCAAGCCAGCCAAGCCAGGGGUGGAAACAAGCCACAUGACACCUGACGAAGGAGAUGAGAUAGCGGGAGAUAAGCCAGGCGAGGGAGACAAGCCAGUGAUGCCAGAUUUGAACGGCGCGCAAACACUUGAUGACUACUUGGCGAUUCUGGCAACAGUGGCUGACUUGGAACUUCCCAUUGACUCAGAGGAAGAAGAAAGAUUACAAAUUAAUGACGAAAUAAUGAAAAAUAAAGCCAGCCAAGCCAUUCCAAAGCCAGACACGCACGGGAAAAUGGCGGCGCUAACCCUGGAGUGCCAAAACAACCCAGCAGAUAAGCCAGAAGACGAAGAAAAUAGACAAAUAAGAGAGAGCGAAAUAAGCCAGUUAGGAAACAGUGCCACGCCUCUAGACACUACAAAACAAGCCAUAAAUAAGCCACAAAGCCCGGAUAAGCCUGGAAUUAAGCCACUGGAGGAAGAUCUGAGCCUGGAUAAGCCACUGGAGGAAGAUCUGAGCCUGGAUAAGCCACACGAGGAGGAGGAGGAAGAAAAUGGAAAAAUGAUCUCAAAACCUGGAUUUAUCGAAGAAAUAAGCCAGUCUGAGGUGCAAGAUAAGCCAGAAGAGGAGGAGACUUGUGAAAUAACCCAGCCUAACCCAGAAGACACGCCGGGACAGGGAAAUAUGGAGGAGGCAAGCCACUUUAAGCCAGGAGAAGAGGACCUCGGUGAAAUAAGCCAGUUUAAGCCAGAAACUGAAGGACAAGAGGAAGAAUUUACGUAUAUUGUGAAUUUUAAGCCAGAAAUUAAGAAAGAAAAUGAAAAUAUCGCUCAGGAAAGCCAGUUUAAGCCAGAAAUUAAGCCAGAAUCGCUAGAAGACUUAGAAACAGACGAAGACAAGCCAGAAAGUAAGCCAGGUGAAGAAGAAGUUGAAAGUGCAAUAGAAAACGAGGAUAUUAAGCCGGAAAGUGAUUAUUUAGACAAGGAAAGCCAGUUUAAGCCAGAAAGUAAGCCAGGGAUGGAAAAAAGCCAGUUUCUAAGCCAGUGUGUCCUUGAAAGUAAGCCAGGAGAGAGGGAGAGUGCUGAAAUGAACGAAAAUAUUAGAAAAAUAACGCAAGAAAAUAAAAUAAAUAAAUCUAAGCCGUUUUUUGACACCAUAGAAAACGGAGAAGCAUCAGAAAAAACGGAAAUUUUAAGGGAAACUACUACUACUACUACUACUACUACUACUACUACUACUGCUGCUGCUCCCCCCACGGCCUCCCUGUCCCUCCCCAGCAAGAAGGAUGUCCAAGGAGGGGGUGGAGGGGCGGAGGAGGGGGAGUGUGGGCGCCAGAGAAGGGGGGAGAAGUGGCAGUUCCCUUCCUAACUCCCCCUCUGUUGCAAGGAAGGUUAGGAAGGCGCCCCCUGUCCCACUAGCACGCUCUCUACAAGGGAUUAAUAGCCCCCCGAGGACCACCACCACCACCACCACCACCACCACCACCGCCCCAGCCACACUGCCAAGGCGAAAAGUGAAAAAAUCUUUAAAUCCUUUUGAAUCUGAAGAAGAGGAGGAGGAGGAGGAGGAGGAGGAGGAGGAGAGGAGGAGGAGGAAGGAAGAGGAAGAGGAGAAGAGAAGAAAACCACGUUCCUUAAACCCAUUUGAUUCUGAAGAGGAGGAGGAAGAGGAGGAAGAGGAAAGAAGAGGAGGAGGAGGAGGAGGAGGAGGAGGAGGAAAAACCCAUUUGAGGAGGAAGAUGAUGUCACAGUCUCCUCCUCCUCCUCCUCUCCUCCUCCUCCUCCUACACACAGGGGGGCGCCGACCCUUGCCUCCCCCCCCAAACGACCUCCCUCCACCAACCCCUUUGAGGAAGAGGAGGAGGAGGAGGAGGAAGAGGAAGACUUCAGAAGAGAGGAGGGAAGAAGAUCACUGGUCCACCGCGCCCCCUUCCACACCUCCCCCCUAAAAAGAGAGGGGUUCAGGGGGUCGCUGCCCCCCCAAAUGUUGAGGGGGGAGGGGAGAGGAGGGGGUAGGAAGAA